AUGGACAAUGAACCGUCUUAUGUGGUGUACAUCAGAUUACCAUUCCCUAGGGGAGACUUUGUGGACCCGCCCCCUGUGCACUGGGACAGCUCUAAAGAUGAAGCAUUAUGGAAAAUCAUCUCAGGCGUGGCAAAAACUGAGAUUGAUUGUACGCCCAUUCAGUUCGAGGUCUCGGUCGAUUUCCUUUUCCAACAGGUCACAUAUCUCCAGGAGCGUCAUACCUCGCAGCUCAGGGCCCAGCUGAGGAAGGCCACUGUGGCAGCUAGAAGCUCAGCAGCCCCGUCUCCCGCACCAGGUUCCGAACCCUCCACGGCCAUGGCGAGGACACCCUCGGGCCGAGGCGUACCGGUCCACGCAAGAGCUCCUUCGCAACUAUCGAUCCGGAGGGAUACUCCGGUUCCUAGGGCUGAUGCGAGUCUGCCGAGCACCCCCAAGGCCGGACCAGCCUCGUCCAUUCGAUUGCAGACCGUACGAGCCUCGUCAUUGGGAACCGCUGCACAGCUUGGAGGAGGACAAGGCGGCGCAGCUGGUUCGUUGAGGCUGAGAGCUGGCACACAGCUGUCCUCGCCUAGGAUCCAGUCCGGAAGGCAGUGGCAUCCUUCUAUGCCUGGCAUCGACCCAUCGACCCCGGUGAGCGACGUACCGACACCAGUGCCUGCUGCCGGUACAUCAUCUCCAGGUCCAGCGGAUUCAAGCUCUGAAGGUGCCUCAUCCGACGAAUCCUCCGGUCCUGAACAAUCACGAAUUAUCCGACGGCCCCCACGCUUCCAGCAACAACAGCAGAACGCCAACAGGGACGCCAUCAAAUCGUCAUUCCUCCAAGAGGUGGACGAGGAAGAGGCGGAACCGGCAUUUCUCCCUUUUAAAGCCAGAUCUUCUGGUGCCGCUCACGAGGGGAGCGGCGAUGGAAGCGGGCAAUACACAGAUCCUGGUGCCACACUGCGAGGUGACCCACGCGACUUUGCUGCUAAUGCUGCGCGUCGACUACAGAACGUCACGAGCCCUGACUCGAGCCAGGGCAAAGGCAAAGGCAAGGAGAGGGAGAAGGAGCGCAGAUUACAUAAAUCAGGCACGUCUGAUUCCUCCAGCGGCUCUGCAGCCUUUGUGUCCAAGCGCUCGCCUGGCGAUCGAAGGCAGCCCUCUGGUCCCCUUUCUCCGCGCCGAACUGUCGAGUUGAAGGGAAAGGGGUUCUCGCGAGAAGGAAGUGAGGGCACGCCCAGCAUGGGAAGCAGCUUCAGCGAUCUGGACGAUGCUUCCGUUACCCAAUCAGCCCUGGAGGAGGCCCUUGCGAGCAAUAUGCAGGGUGGCAAUACCAUUGGAAGCACCAUCAGCAAUGUGUUCAGCAGGAGCCGAUAUCUCCCAAAGUGA